AUGCAACCUUCUACUAAAAAUUCAAGUCAACCACCUCGUUCAACAGAAUUUAUAACCAAUAACUUACCAGCUUAUAAAAGCGGUUGGCUCUAUAAACGAGGUGAACAUAUCAAAACUUGGCGUCCACGUUAUUUUGUUCUGUUUCAUGAUGGUCAUUUAUACGGUUAUCGUAAAUCACCGGCUGUGAAUGAUAAUCAACAAGAAGAACCACUUAAUAAAUUUCAAGUUAUUGAUUGUAGUGUUGUUCGACAAGAUAAAAUAAAACAAAAUGCUUUUGUUAUACAUUUCAAUCAAAUGAAAAUUGAAAGAUUAUUUGCUGCUGGUAGUCAUCAAGAUCGUGAGGAAUGGAUAACAGCAAUUGAAAUAAUUAAUCGACAAACCACACCACAUUUACAAAGGCAAUUACCAUCGGUGAAAAUGGUUACAAAUGAUGAUGCCGAUAAUACAGAAAAUGAAUAUCCAUCAAUGAAUGAAGUAUUUGCACGACGACCACAAAUAAAUGAUUUUGAAUAUUUAAAAAUACUUGGUCGUGGUACAUUCGGUAAAGUUGUUUUAUGUCGCGAGCGUACAACACAACGAAUAUUUGCAAUGAAAAUGUUACGCAAAAGUCUUGUUGUAACAAAUAAUGAAGUUGUACAUACAAUGGGUGAAAAUAAAAUUCUUCGUCGUAUUCGUCAUCCAUUUAUAACAAAUUUAAUAUGUGCAUUCACUACAAGUGAUCGUCUUUGUCUUGUUAUGGAAUGUGUUAAUGGUGGUGAACUUUUUUUUCAUUUAAAUCGUGAAAAACGUUUUUCGGAAGAACGUACAAGAUUUUAUGUAGCUGAAAUAGCUUGUGUUAUUGGUUAUCUUCAUUCAAAAAAAGUUAUUUAUCGUGAUAUUAAACUUGAAAAUAUUCUACUUGAUCGUAAUGGCCAUAUCAAAUUAGUUGAUUUUGGUUUAUGUAAAAUAAAUGUACCAUUCGGACACACAACUGCGACAUUUUGUGGUACACCACAAUAUAUAGCACCAGAGAUUCUUCGAAUGACAUCGUAUACAAAUGCAAUCGAUUGGUGGGGAACUGGUGUUGUUAUGUAUGAGUGUCUUAUUGGCCGAUUGCCAUUUGCUGAUAGUAAAAGUCAAGAUGGUCUUUUUCAAAAAAUUCUUUAUCAUGAACCAUCAUAUCCAUCUGGUUUAUCACCAAUGGCACUUGAUUUAAUACAACGAUUUCUUAAAAAAGAGCCAACUGAACGCAUCGGUUCAAGUGUAGAAGAUGCUCACGAAGUUGAACGUCAUCCAUUCUUUGUCAAUAUUCCAUUUCGUUUCUAUGAAGAGAAAAAGAUUCUACCACCUUUUAGACCACUACUUGAUUCAGAUAUAGAUACACGGUAUUUCGAUACAGAAUUUACCAAUGAACCAGUUUGUGUAACACCACCUGGUAAUAAGAAAAAAAAAUUUAUUUUAUUUGAUAUAAAGCCAACUAAUUUAUUUUCAGGUAGUACUGAUUCUAUAAAUGCUCUUGGCAUGUCAGAUGAUGCAUUUGAACGAUUUACUUACGUUGGUAAUGAUGGAUUAAGUCAUAUUACAUCUCGAUCAAUUUUAUCAAUGGCAUCAUCAAAUGCUGCUUGUUCACAGUCAAAUAUGUAUCUUGUUGAUCCUGAUUAUUAUCAUAAACAUCAAAAUGUUCAUAAUUUACCACCCCAAUAUUCUGUAUCAACAAUGAAUAUGCCAUCAAUGGGUACUGAUUCAUCACCAUCAAUGAUUAAAACUGCAGCAAGCAUGCAACAAUUAAAAGGCUCAGCGAUGAAUAUAAAUAAUGAAUCAAAUAUUUUAAAUAAUCAACAAAAAAUGAAUAUGGAACAAGAUCAACUACAAGCACAAUCAAUUUCAUUAAUACCAGACAUUUAUGAACAACAAUUAAUGCAUGAACGUCUUAUGUGUAUACAACAAAUGAUGGCUAGUGGACAAAAUUUUGCUUCAAUGUUUAAUGAUGAUCCACAUUUUGCUCAGCAAAUAAUGUCUUAUAUAGCAGCUGCUCAACAGCAAAAUGAACCAGAAGUUAUUGAAAUAAUGGAUGAAUAA